UAAUUCAUGUGUAUAUGAAUACGUAUUGUUGACAUAUUGAGAGAUUGCGGCAAUUUAGACCAGACGACACCAUUUAAAAAGCCAUUAGGGUUCGCUCCGUCAGCACAUAAUUACAAGCACAAUGGAAUCCCCCAUUAGUAGUUGGUUCGUAGCCAGCAAGUUAUCCAGUGGCCAAGUCAAGCGUCUUCCGAAUGUCUUUCCACAAGCUUAGCCUCCUCGUUUUCGGUUUACUGGUAAACUGCUUUUUGUGUGCCCAUGUGGUGCACGUGGAUCGGUUCGUCUUCACUGUCGAUGUUCAGGACCUGUUUGUGUCACAAAGUGCCUUUCUCGAGCAGGAGUCCAAUCGCAGUUAUUUCUCGGGUCACAUAAUGAUAAAUCGGCCGAUCAAUGAGCUAACACUUCUUUCGUCAAUCGACAUUUUGCGCCCGUCUCGUCCGGAAAUGCGCCUAUAUAACGUUAAGCUAAACUUCUGCUCGAUCUUUAAUAAUGGCUACAAGAAUAAGUUUAUCAAAAUGAUGUACAAUAAUUAUGCAGAUUUUCUCAAUACUAAACCAAAGUGUCCACUGAAGGCGAAUUAUAACUACACCCUGACUAGGGCCUAUAUCGACGAGGCUUUACUACCAGAUCUCCUUCCAGAGUGCACUUAUCGCAUGAAAAUGGCAUUUCAGCACAAAUCAAAGCUACUGGCUCAUAUGCAAGUUGAUGGAAGAUUGCUUGUGAAACGUUUUAGACCAUAAUAAUAUCCU